AUGUGGCUGUGCACCUUCCUUCCUGUUCUCUUUGGCUGCCUCUCUGGUUCUGCCCUUUCUCAACCAAGAGCCUGGCUGUUGCCAAAGCAGAGGCCUCGCUUUGUCCGUCCUGGAGAUAUAAUGGUGGGUGGAAGCUUCUCCAUCUUUCGAUUCUCUAAUAGUACCCUGUCUGACUUCACUGCCCCACCAGCUGGACUGCAUGAUUCAGGAGUUUCCCAGUGGGGCUACCGGGUGGCCCAGAGUUUUGUCUUUGCCAUUGAGGAGAUUAAUAGGAGUGCUCACUUGUUGCCCAAUUUGACCUUGGGCUUCUCCAUUCGAAACUCUGGGGAUACAGUGCAUGGAGCUGUCCAUGAGACUCUGAGCUUCCUCACGAGGCAGGAGGAGCCCAUCCCCAACUACACCUGCCAGCAUGACUCUCCUCAGGCUGCCCUCGUUGGGGACACACGAUCGGCCCUGUCUGUCUCCAUGGCCAGACUUCUAGGGCUGUACAGGUUCCCCCAGAUCAGUUACUCAUCCUCACUACCCAGCCUCAGUGACAAGAUACAGUUCCCAUCUUUUCUGCGGACACUGACUAGUGACCUCAAAUCAUCUUUUUCAGUGAUCCAGCUGAUAACUCACUUUCAGUGGUCCUGGGUGAUCAUUCUGGCCCAUGAUGAUGACUUUGGGCAGCAGGCCAGCUCUCUGGCCAAUCAGGAGCUAAGUCAAGCUGGUGUAUGUAUUGAGUUCAUACUCCACGUCCCUUCCCAUGAGUCCUUGGGGAAGAUUGAAGAGAUUGUCCAGAAGAUGCAGAAAUGCACAGCCAGAGUUGUUCUGGUUUUCCUAAGCAAUGCCAAUUUCCAAAUAAUCCUGUAUGGCUUAUUGGGCACCCCUAUCUCAGGCCAGGUCUGGGUCAGCAAGGGUACUCUGCACAUGGCACUCGCCCUGACCAUUCCAGAUGUUUCCCAGGUACUGCAUAGCACAUUUGGCCUUCUGUAUCACAGCAGCAGGGCAAUUGGUUUCCCCGAGUUCCUUGCCGACCUGCGCCCCAGCCAGACCCCAGAGGACAUGUUCAUAAAGAAGUUCUGGGAGUUCACCUUUGAUUGUGUAUGGUCUCACCAGAGCAGCACAGUGAGUGAGGGUGUCCAGAUGUGCUCAGGGAAUGAGAGUCUGAAAAACAAGCUGUACCCUUUCCAAGAAGUUAGUAAGAUGGAUGCUGCUUACACAGGUGUCUACAGCAUUGCCCAUGCCCUGCAGGACAUGAUAGAUGAUGAGCACCAGCAUGGGAAAGGUACAGACUCUCAGGACUUCCAUCCCUGGCAGCUUCUUCAUGCCCUAAGGAAGGUCCACUUCAAAACUCCUGAUGGAAGUGAAAUUAUGUUUGAUGCUAAUGGAGAUUUGGUGACCAAGUUUGACAUUUUCCAAGGGCAGAAGUCCCCCGAGGGUGUAUUUCACUUGGUCCAUGUAGGAAUGAUAGACCCUCAAGUCUUUUUGGAGAAUAAAAUGAUGAUCCAUUUGAAGGAGGAUCUUCAAGUGCCCACCUCUGUGUGCAGUGAAAGCUGCCUUCCAGGGUUCAGCCAAGUGCCUAGGCUGGGAGCCCCCCAGUGCUGUUUUGAUUGCAGUCCUUGCCCGGAGGGACAGUUCGCAGACCAAAAAGGUGAGGACAUGUAG